UGGCAGGACAGUAACCGCCUGUCAGGGGUCGCGAAGGGCUGAGGCAGAGGCAGAGGCUCCCGGGCCUCAGAUAGUGGCCGUCUCUGGAGGCCAUGGGCUACCCUGAGGUAGAGCGCAGGGAACCCCUGCCUGCAGCAGCGCCAAGGGAGCGGGGCAGCCAGGGCUGCGGCUGUCGCGGGGCCCCUGCUCGGGUGGGCGAAGGGAACAGCUGCAGGCUCUUCCUGGGUUUCUUUGGCCUUUCGCUGGCCCUCCACCUGCUGACGCUCUGUUGCUACCUAGAGUUGCGGUCCGAAUUGCGGCGGGAACGGGGAACCGAGUCCCGCCUCGGCGGCCCGGGUGCUCCUGGCACCUCUGGCACCCUAAGCAGCCCUGGGAGCCUCGACCCCGUGGGUCCCAUCACCGGCCACCUCGGGCAGCCUUCCUUUCCGCAGCAGCCUUUGGAAGCGGGAGAAGAUCCACUCCCCCCUGACUCCCAGGACCGGCACCAGAUGGCCCUCCUGAAUUUCUUCUUUCCUGAUGAAAAGGCAUAUUCUGAAGAGGAAAGUAGGCGUGUUCGCCGCAAUAAAAGAAGCAAAAGUGGUGAAGGAGCAGAUGGUCCUGUUAAAAACAAGAAAAAGGGAAAGAAAGCAGGGCCCCCUGGGCCCAAUGGCCCCCCAGGACCUCCAGGACCUCCAGGACCCCAGGGACCCCCAGGGAUUCCAGGAAUUCCUGGGAUUCCAGGAACAACUGUUAUGGGACCACCUGGCCCUCCUGGCCCUCCUGGUCCUCAAGGACCCCCUGGCCUCCAAGGACCUUCUGGUGCUGCUGAUAAAACUGGAACUCGAGAAAACCAGCCAGCUGUGGUGCAUCUGCAGGGCCAAGGGUCGGCAAUUCAAGUCAAGAAUGAUCUUUCAGGUGGAGUGCUCAAUGACUGGUCUCGCAUCACUAUGAACCCCAAGGUGUUUAAGCUACAUCCCCGCAGCGGGGAGCUGGAGGUACUGGUGGACGGCACCUACUUCAUCUAUAGUCAGGUAGAAGUGUACUACAUCAACUUCACUGACUUUGCCAGCUACGAGGUGGUGGUGGAUGAGAAGCCCUUCCUGCAGUGCACCCGCAGCAUUGAGACAGGAAAGACCAACUACAACACUUGCUAUACUGCAGGCGUGUGCCUCCUCAAGGCCAGGCAGAAAAUUGCCGUGAAGAUGGUGCAUGCCGACAUCUCUAUCAAUAUGAGCAAGCACACCACCUUCUUUGGGGCCAUCAGGCUGGGCGAAGCCCCUGCAUCCUAGAUUCUCCCAUUCCAUCCUGUCCCAUGCCCCUGCCCCAGGUUUGGGAGCCAGGACUCCCAGAACCUCUAAGUGCUGCUGUGGAGUGAGGUAUAUUGGCGUUGCAGCCACAGAGAGAGAUGCCCCAGUGCUAUUUAUUCCCCAGUGACUCCAGGAUGACAAGGCCUGUGCGACUUCCCACAAUGACCUUGAGUUGCCAGGACAGUUGAUGGAGCCCCAGGGUUUUCAAGAAGCAGAACCUCCUUAGGCUCCUUGCUGGCUGGCUUAUCGUGACUCCUCAACCCCUAGGUCCCUCAUCAGAUGUAUCAUUUGUUGCACUAAACUGAAGAUCCAAGACAGUAGGCCACAAAAAGCAAAGGUGCACUCCAGAUUCUAGGGGUGACCCUCUGACUCCAAGGGGGCUGCUGCUUCUCUCUUGGCUGGGGGUGGCAUCAGGUUGCAACUUAAGGAAAGGAUCAGGUCAGAAGAAGGCAAGUGCCUGUGGCAGAGACCUGGGCAAUUAGCUGCCAAGCAAGCAUCCUUGGCAGAGGAGGCAUUCUUGCUGUAUUGCACUAUGACCUACAAGAGGCUCAAACAGCUCUUCCCACUCAGGCUGAGA